AUGGUGCGGGGCAGGAUCACCGGGCUGGCGGUGAGCGACGUUCGCUUCCCCACCUCCCUGGGGCACCAUGGCUCCGAUGCUAUGCACCCGGACCCUGACUAUUCUGCUGCCUAUGUUGUAAUAGAAACUGAUGCCCGUGAUGGACUCAAAGGUUAUGGAUUAACAUUUACUUUGGGUAAAGGCACAGAAGUUGUUGUUUGUGCAGUUAAUGCUCUCUCCAUUCAUGUGGUUAAUAAAGACCUUGAAGAAAUUGUCAGCGAUUUUAGAGGAUUCUACAGGCAGCUCACCAGUGACGGACAGCUCCGAUGGAUUGGUCCAGAGAAAGGUGCUGUGCAUUUGGCUACAGCUGCUGUUCUGAAUGCCGUGUGGGAUUUGUGGGCUAAGCAGGAGGGAAAGCCUCUGUGGAAGUUACUAGUUGACAUGGACCCAAAGCAGUUGUUAUCCUGCAUAGAUUUCAGGUAUAUUACUGAUGCACUAACAGAAGAAGAAGCUCGCGAAAUACUCCAGAAUGGCCUACUUGGGAAGAAGGAAAGAGAAGAGCAUAUGUUAAAGCAUGGAUACCCUGCUUACACCACGUCUUGUGCCUGGCUGGGCUACCCGGACCAGCAGUUAAAACAGCUAUGCAAGGAGGCAUUGAAGGAUGGCUGGACAAGGUUCAAAGUAAAGGUUGGUGCCGAUCUGCCGGAUGACAUUCGUAGAUGCAGACUUAUAAGAGAAAUGAUUGGCCCUGACAAGACAUUGAUGCUGGAUGCUAACCAACGAUGGGAAGUGAAGGAAGCAAUAGAGUGGGUCACUAAAUUAGCUGAAUUUAAACCAUUAUGGAUUGAGGAGCCAACUUCUCCUGAUGAUAUUCUUGGACAUGCAGCCAUUUCUAAGGCCUUGGCACCAUUAGGAAUUGGUGUGGCAACAGGAGAACAAUGUCACAAUAGAGUGAUAUUUAAGCAGCUCCUACAGGCUAAGGCCCUGAGCUAUCUCCAGAUUGACAGCUGCAGGCUGGGAAGUGUGAAUGAAAACUUGUCUGUGUUGCUGAUGGCCAAAAAGUUUCAAAUUCCUGUUUGCCCUCACGCUGGGGGUGUUGGGCUCUGUGAGUUGAUACAGCACUUGAUAAUAUUUGACUAUAUUUCAGUAUCUGGAAGCCUUGAAAACAGGAUGUGUGAGUAUGUAGAUCAUUUGCAUGAACACUUCAAAUAUCCUGCCGUAAUCAAGAAAGCUUCCUAUGUACCACCUCAGGAUGCUGGAUAUUCCACUGAAAUGAAAGAAGAGUCUGCAAGGAAAUACCAGUUUCCACAGGGAGAAGUUUGGCAGAAGAUCCUUUCUAAGCCAUAA